AUGGUUUCUCCUAUUGUUUUGAUACACCAUUUUCUGUCAUUAAGAGAACUGCUGAAAUUUUUGACGCCACAGGCGUCGUCUUUAUCGUCCAGUCAGCAAGAGAGGAGGGUGGAGGAAGUUUUAACGAUGAAACCGUCAAGUGAUCGUCAUUUGUUACUGCACAAUACUGCAGACGUAGUAGUAAUUAGAAUUAGUAGCAACAGUAUCAGUAACAACGGCAUCUGGAAAGACAACAGCACUAACAAUAACAGUAGCAGCGGCAACAACAAUGACUGUCAAAAUAAUUCGCAAAAUCACCACCGCAGUAUAAUCGUGCAUUGCCACUGUUAUGGCAAUAAGCUGUCGCAGCGCAAAACUGCCAUCUCACUACCUUCUCUAAUAAGAAGCAAUGCCAGCAACGAUAACAGUGAAACUAACCACAGCGGUGUAACAAAAGUAGUGAAAACAAAAGAAAACACAUUUCCUUUGUCCAAAUCGGUUUUCGAUCGCAUCUCAGUGUUCAAUGAGUACGGAAGUUUAGAAAAGACAGAGGCAUCAACAGCCUGGAAUUGA